CUCAGCACCAUGAGCAGCACCCCGAGGGAUGCCCAGGCCCCCAGCCACCGUGAGUGCCUCCUGCCUUCUGUGGCCCGGGCCCCCUCUGUUACCCAGGUCCCGCCGGCCAAGAAGAUAACCUUCCUCAAGCGAGGGGAUCCCCGGUUUGCUGGGGUUCGCCUGGCCGUCCACCAGCGCGCCUUCAGGAGCUUUGGGGCACUGAUGGAUGAGCUCUCUCAGCGUGUGCCGCUCUCUUUUGGGGUGCGCUCCGUCACCACGCCCAGGGGCCUGCACGGCCUCAGUGCCCUGGAGCAGCUGCAGGAUGGUGGCUGCUACCUCUGCUCGGAUAAGAGGCCCCCCACGACCCCCAGCGGGCCAUGCUGGCCACGGGGAAGAAGCCCUUCUGCCUCACAUUCGCAGAAUUUUGAAGGCCGCUGUGAGGGUCCAGGAACACCCUCUUCCUGCAAAAGUCUCAAAACCCCGCGGAGGAUAACACUGGUUAAGAACGGGGACCCUCGGGUCCAGCAGACAGUGGUGCUCAGCCACAGAAACAUGAGGAACCUGACAGCUUUUCUCAGCAGAGCCUCGGAUCUUCUGCACUUUCCCGUGAAGCAGGUGUACACAACCAGUGGGAGAAAGGUGGACACGCUGAAGGCUCUGCUGCGAAGCCCCUCGGUGCUGGUAUGCGCGAGUCACGAGCCCUUCAGAACUCUGGCAAUGGAAGAUGUCCGAAGAAAUGGAAUGGAAACUCUAUCUGGGCAGAUUUUAAGGAACAAAAACGGGAGCUGGGGGCCCAAGGCCAAGCAGAGCGUGAUCCACGAGCGGUCCAGGCCGGCCAGCAGGCCCAGGCAGUUUUCCCUGCUGUCAGAGAGGUCUGGGCUCAGCGACCCCUCGGUGUCCCUGCCUCCUGACUGCAUGGACCCUGUUCCUGACAGGCACCCUCAGGACAUGCCUGUCCACCUCAGCCCAUUGGUGGCCGGUGAUGACUUUGAGAAGAAUGUCCGCAUGAACGAGGAUGGCAGCCUGUCUGUGGAGAUGAAAGUCCGUUUCCACCUGUUGGGGGAGGACCCGCUGCUGUGGUCCAGGAGGGUCAGGGCGACCAGCACCCUCUCGGUGGCCGGUGGGGAGCGCCCCGUCCUGGGGGAGGCAGAACCCCUUGGUCAUGUGUGGAAGGGCCACUCUGGGGACCCUUCAGAGCCUGGGGCACAGGGACUGGGGUCCUGCCAGGCAGGAGGCGUGGGGGCCUUUGACCGAGGCCGGUGGCAGCAGGGCUCUGGAUAUGAGAUCUGGAUGAAUCCCCUGUUUACCUCCCAGGGGGAGCGGGCGGCCUCUCCGAGGAGGUCUGGACAGACCCACCACGCCUGCUCCAGGGUUCCCCGGAGCCAGGGGGCCAUCAUCAGGAAAAGAAGGAGCAGGGAUAGUGUCAGCCCUGCCUCCAGUGACAGACCCCCCGAGGGCUCUGAACCAAAUUCUUCCUGCUGCUCUAGGUCCCUGGAGGAUGGCGUCAGCAACUAUGGCCCACAUCUGGCCUCCAGGGCUGGUGAGGGCACAGGCCAGGGUGCCACACCGUGUGGCAGGGAGCACCAUCACUGCCUGAACCCUGGGGCCUGUGGCCUGGCAGAUGCUCCUCCUGACACCUGGAUGAGCGCUGGGUCUCAUGAGGAGUCCAGUGAAAGGGGUGAGCCACCCCAGGCCUCCCCCAGCAAGAGUAGCAGGGCCACGACUUCCUGGGGGGCCACCCAGCCGGGAGGCCCUGGUUCCCUCACCCUCACCGUGAGCCCCUCAUCUUUAAGGAAUGAGGAUGCAGAGGCAGAGGAGAGUGGGCCGGGCACCCAGGACAGGAGCGGGUCUGGGGUGAGUUUGUCCUUGUCUCCAGGCCCAGCUAGCUCUGGGGACAGGGCAGGUGGCCGGUCCCCAGCUUCUGCCCGCGCCUCAACCCUGGGUGGGAGCAGAAAGCAGGAGGGCAGAGCAGGCGCCCUGUCCUCACCCAGCAUUUCUGGUCUCAGCCAAAGGGCCCAGAGGGGCCGCCCCAAGCAGCGCCACCACCCAAAAGACCCCCAGUGCCCACUGGACUCUCCUGUGUCCAGGCCGGUGCCAAGGCCGCCCAGCAGAGCCAGGGCCUGUCCAGAAGGCCCAGCCCCUGGCCUUUCUGGAAGCCCCAGUAGUGCCAGGAAGCCAGGUUCCUGGUUCUCUGCCUCUCUUCACUCCCAGGACGCGCGGGGGCUCAGCAGCAUUGCCAUUACCCCCGUGAGCAAUUCUGACAGCACUCCCAAUCUCUACUCCCCAAACUCACCCUCCGCUGAGACUGAAGGGGGCCCUGGGUUCCAGGCGUGCUCACCGGCUCCCACACCUUCAAACACAUCCGGCUCUUUCAACUCCCACACUGAACAGGCAGAGGGUGACAGUCCCAAGCCUCCCUGGCCCUUGGUCCUGCCAGUUGAGAGGCCUGAGGGAGGGAGGCUGGGAUCACACCGAGGCAGCUGCUGUUCACAGCUAAGCACGUGGUCACUGGCCCACAGGUCCCCUGGGAAAACACAAGCGCUGCCGGCCUCUCGGCCUGGGGGCUGCCAGGGGCCCUCCUCCAGGGCCUGCCUGGCGUGCAGUAGGUUCUGUCCCAUGCCCCCCAUGCCACGGCCUUCUGGCAAGAGGCAUCCUCCCCGUGGCCACAGCCAGAGCGAGGGCAACCCCAGUGCUGAUGGAGGGGUGGGCGGGGAAGGGGAGGGGGAGGAAAAGCUGGACGUGUGUCACUCUCAGGCCCCCAGCUCUCAGGAAGGGCCCUCAGGGGAAGCAGUCAGAGCCGUGAGAAGGGGCAGCCCCUGCCGAGGUCCCAGGCUCAGAAAGUUCCAGGGGCAGGAUGCGGAUGGAGGGGAGGGCCUGGAGGAGCAGGCGGAGGAUGGUGGCAUGAUGCUGGGUGCCCUGCCCCGAGCCUCCCCGGAAGCUGUGGUCCGGGCCUGGCUGAGCAACAUCCCAGAGGAGCCCCUGAAAUAUGAGAUGGUGGAUGAGGGCGAGGAUGUGGCUGGGCUGGACCCUGAAGGCCUCGAGGGGGACCCAGUUUCCACACGCUCCCCAGAUGACCUGGAAAGUUCAAUUCAGGCCAGACAGCCAUCCCUGGCAGAGGCCACCAGUGAGAAAGCAGAACCAGAUGGAGUGCUCCCGGUGCCUGGCAGUGCCAGCCCCACAUCAGGAACAGGCCUUCCUGGCAGCAAAGUCUCAGAAGCCCCUCCAGAGGCUGAAACAGGAAAAGGGGCAGCUGUGGACCAUGGGAUGGGCCAGGGCAGGCUUCCCAGCACAAUCUCUGCCUCCGUACAGAUCGUAAAGGUGCUGAAGGGCUCUGAGCAGGGCCGGCCCAGCAGCCUCCCUGAAGUGUCCAGCUCAGAGGGCAGGAGGCUUGGCCGCUCGGCCCUGGCCCUCAUCACCUGUCUUGCCAGGCUCCACUUCUUUGAUGAUGACCUUGGGUCUUCCACUGGCCAAGUGAGGUUCCUGGACUCUCCCCGGUACCAAGAGCUCCUGAGCACCUUCCAGGCCUUAUGGCCGGGGAGUGGGCUUGGGCACAGGGACCUGGUCUCUGGCCUCCAGGAGCUCGGCUGGUGCCAGGCCCUGAGGGACCUCAGAUCACACGCUGCAACUGAGGACUUCACGCCAACGUCCUCCUCUGGUGUGGAUGUUGGCAGUGGCUCUGGAGGCUCAGGGGAGGGCAGUGGACCCUGUGCUGUGGACUGUGCCCUGGUCCCUGAGAGGAUGGAGCUGCCCUUAAAUGUCUCCUGCCAGAGGCCUGAUUCUGGAACCUCCGUUAACCCAGAGGUUCCAGGAGACCAUCAGCCGAGUGGCUCUUGUGACACCAGUGAGGAUGGGGCAGAAAGGAACAGCGGGGAGCAGACAUUGGGCAGUGACCUGGCUGGAGGAGCUGAAAACAUAAUGAAAGAAGAGGGGGUACAGUUAGAGGAAAUACAAGAAGAAAAAGAAAGAGCGGAACUGCAAGAAGAGGCUGCCAAAGGGUGUCCAGAAGAGGGAGGAUCUGUGGGAAAAGAACUGCCAGGGGCGGGCUCUCAGAAUGGGGCGGGGGCUCAGGAAGAUGCCAUCCUGCAGGAAAAGGAGGCAGGAGGCCUUGUCUCGGCCACGCUGAGCCCUCCAGGGAGGAGAGAGAGCCCGACAGAGCCCCCUGGGAGCCUCGGUGAGAGGAACUCGGACGCCAGUGGGAGUCAAAGUGGACCCAAAGCUGAGCCUGCUUUGGAGAAGUUGCCCAGAGCAGCAGAGACAGGCGGUGGGCAAACCCAGGCCAAGCUCCACCAGGGGGCUGGCGAGAGGGGCACGUCCACAGCCCGCCGAGGGUCUCUAGGACCUGACGCCCUCUGGGUGUCCAGGCUGCUGAAGAAGAUGGAGAAGGCCUUCCUGGACCAUCUCGCCAGUGCUACGGCUGAGCUCCGAGCCCGCUGGGGCCUGCAGAGCAACGACCUGCUGGACCAGAUGGUGGCCGAGCUGCAGCAGGACAUGGGCCGGCGGCUCCAGGACAGCACCGAGAGGGAGCUUCACAAGAUCCAGAGCUGGGCCGGGGGCACGGCCCUGGGGCUGCCCAGAGAAGCCCUCCGCUGGGAGGCAUCCCUGCAGACAGAGCAGCGCAGAUGGCGCCUCCGGGGCCUGCACAACCUCUCUGCCUUCUCGGAGCAGAUGCAAGGCUGGGGUCCUCUGUCCUUCUCCCUGGAGGAUGUGCCAACCUUCAGAGGGGCCCUGGGGACCCAACUUGGGGAGGAGGCCGAGGGGGAAGAGUUCUGCCCCUGCGAGGCCUGCAUGAGGAAGAAAGCAGUUCCUGUGUCCCCAAGGGAGGCGGUGGCGGCCAGCAGCGCACCCAUCAGAGAGGCCUUCGACCUGCAGCAGAUUCUGCAGAAGAGGAAAGCAGGGUGUGCUGACGGGGGGACAGCAGAGGUGGCUCCUGCCAAGAGAGGGAUGGAGCCCCUUCGGAGGGACCCCUCAGGGAUGGACACUGUCCAGGGAUCAGGCCAGGGCCCUGGGGCAGAGGAGGGGGACAAGGGUGAGGGCAGCCAGACCCUUGGCAGAGACGAAGGUGCCCGGAAAGCAGAGGAGGCAGCUACUCAGGAGAGGGGAGGGGAAACAGAGCCCUGUGUGGGCAGCGACCCGGAGCAGGGCGUCGGGAAGGAGGAAGAAAACACGGACAGGGGCUCUGGGGCUGAGGACACUCAGGAGGGCAAAACCUCAGGAGGAGGUGAUCGUGGUCCAGGAGAACAGGAUGCUGGUGCCUGCACCUCAGAGGCCCAGGAAGCUGAAGGGGAGGAAGAGCCAGAGUCAGGACGAAGUCAAGGGGAGAGAGAAGGGGGUGCUCGGGCUGGACAGUCAGGUGAAGCUUCUGGAAGUAGCAGCCCAGACCCAGAGGGGAGGCCCGUGCUGUCCCCAGCCCCAGAGGCAGACACUCCCUGCCAGAGGUCAGGCCCAAAGUCAGGCCUCUCCUCCUGCAGCACGGCAUCUCUGGAAACCUGCUCCCAGCUCUCUCAGAAAGGCUCUGAGGACGAGUCUUCAAGCAGACACACCAGGAACAUGGAAGAUGAGUCCAAGGACAUCCCUGAUCCAGAGAAAAAAGUCACAGGCGUGCAUACAGAAAGCUCCACUUCUGAGCAAGAAGGGACCCCCUUGGGCUUAAGGACCCGAGAGAUAGAGACAGAGGAAGACCAGGCUCCAGAGCAGGAGGAAGAGGAAGACCAGGCUCCAGAGCAGGGAGCAGAGGGAAACCAAGCUCCAGAGCAGGAGGAAGAGGAAGACCAGGCUCCAGAGCAGGAAGAAGAGGAAGACCAGGCUCCAGAGCAGGGAACAGAGGAAGACCAGGCUCCAGAGCAGGAAGAAGAGGAAGACCAGGCUCCAGAACAGGGAGCAGAGGAAGACCAGGCUCCAGAACAGGGAGCAGAGGAAGACCAGGCUCCAGAACAGGGAGCAGAGGAAGACCAGGCUCCUGAGCAGGGAGCAGAGGAAGACCAGGCUCCAGAACAGGGAGCAGAGGAAGACCAGGCUCCAGAACAGGGAGCAGAGGAAGACCAGGCUUCAGAGCAGGGAGCAGAGGAAGACCAGGCUCCAGAACAGGAAGAAGAGGAAGACCAGGCUCCAGAGCAGGAAGAAGAGGAAGACCAGGCUCCAGAACAGGGAGCAGAGGAAGACCAGGCUCCAGAGCAGGAGGAGGAAGACCAGGCUCCAGAACAGGAAGAAGAGGAAGACCAGGCCUGCCUGGGUGUCCUGCCUGUGCAGGGGGGUGGUGUCGAUGACCACCACUGCCCCCCCCCGCCCCCGCUGGGUGUGGGACAGACCAGAGAGCUGGAGAGCCCCGCCUCCGUGGAGGCCCCGCCUCCGUGGAGGCCCCGCCUCCGUGGAGGCCCCGCCUCCGUGGAGGCCCCGCCUCCGUGGAGGCCCCGCCUCCGUGGAGGCCCCGCCUCCGUGCCCUCAUAA